GUUGCUCAUCAGUCUCUGUAAAAACCUCGUCGGAUUAGGAUCGUUUAAACAACGGUUUGUUGCCGGAAGUGGUGACUAAUUAUUUAGACUGUGAACGAAUAGACCGGGAACUCGGCGUAGUUAAGUGAUAGUGACUUGUGUGAAACCAACCACUGAAAAGUGGAGAAACAAAGAGAAGCAAAAAUCCAAGUAGUGAAAUUUACGCAUUGCGAGGAUGAAGAACUUUCCCUCGAUCAAGCUGGUGUUUCUACUGUCGAUACUCUGCUCCUCCAGAUGUUUCGACUUAUUAGAUGAUGACUCCAUUAGACUAACACAUCAGUUUGAUGAUGAUUUUGAUAUUUGGCGUAAAAGCUUCCAAAACUUUGGAGACCCAUUCAGCGAGGGAGGUGGUAGUGACAUUGGCUUAGUCUGGCCAUUUAGUAACGAACAUCAUGAACCGUUUUCCAGGGAAACACCGGAGUUAGAAUACGAGUCGAACCCGCAGGAUUCGAUCGGUCAGCAGCCUGGGUCGCCAGUCGUUGGACUCGAGAGGGAUCGUGAGCCAUUAGAACCAGAUGUUGAGGUGUUACCAACCAAAUAUGGCAACCCUGAGGAAAACAAACGUCAUCCUGUUGGGGGAACGUAUAAGCCGUCUGCAUCCGAUCCGAGCACAUUGUUCCAACAUCAUUUCAAUACACUCUUUAAUGCACCGGAAUCUAAUUUCUUCUCUGGUGCAUUUCCGGGUUUCGGAUUCUUCGAUUUAAACGUCAAUAAGCCUUGGUGGAAGGGUGAAAACGUGUGCGUUGAACGUGAAGAACAGGAGGAGGAACCUGAUGGCGAUGAUAACCACGAAAUAGCAGUAGAUGGUAGCAACUUCCACAGUUUCGGCGUUGUAAAUUUGAAUUUCGAAUCAUGUGCAGAAAAGCAAAAUAAGCACGUUUGCACUUCAUUCAAAAACCAUAAUGGUAGAAAGCGCACAGUCAAGGUCACUAGACAAUGUUGUCAUGGAUAUGCGCGGCCGAGAAAUGGGCCUUCAAAUGCUCACUGUGAAAAAUUCGAUUUAUAUCCGAUCGCGGAAACAAUUGAACGUCUUGGUGCCAAAGAAUUCAUUACCACACUGAAAAAAGGUGGUCUGGAAUCAUUGUUGAACGGGGACGUUACUGUGUUUGCAGUGUUGGAUGGUGCAUAUACUAAGUUCGCUGAACAGAUGUGGGAAAAUAAUCUAGUCGCGUUUGAUGUAGCAGGACGAACCAGGCGUCAAGUAGACAUUUCCGGAAUGACAGCACGAGACUUGAUUCUGGCUCACGCUGUAAAUGGAUCAUAUCAUAUAGAAGAUGUUAGCAAUGAACAACUGUUAAAAACUGAGCUUCCAAAUACGAAUAUUCGCAUCAAUAUUUUCCCCCGUGGUCCCUCGGAGAGGAAUGCAGAACAUCCAUAUCGAUAUACGGCAAAUUGUGCUCCGCUGGUGAAACUCAACCGAGAAGCUGAGAAGGGAAUUGUGCACGUGGCUGAUCGCGUACUUCUUCCGGUCCGUAACAGUAUCAUGCAGAUUAUCCGUGCACGCGACGAUAUGACUGUCCUGCGAACAAUUUUGGAGGGAACUGGCCUGGACAAGACGUUGGAGGAAGCUGGUGACGACAAACAUUACACUUUCUUUGCACCAAAUGAUGAUGCUUUCUUGAAGCUAGAUACAGAUAUUCGCAGGAAAUUGAAGGCCGGUAAUGGAUGUGCAACAAAUAUUCUGAAGAAUCACAUUUUGGAUAUUACAUUUUGUUCACUGGCUGCCCUGAAUGGAGUGAAGACAUCAACAUAUAACUUACUGAGUGAAAAGUUAGAAUUCGAGCGUGUUUCAAUAGGAAAAUCCGAAGUCGAAGAUAUGUCUGCCGAAAAAAAACUACAACGCAUAAAAAUUAAUGGGAUCGCAACGAUACAGGAGACAGAUUUAAUGGGUACGAAUGGUGUGAUCCACGUCAUUGAUACGGUUUUGUCAACCAACAGUGGAAUGCCUGUUUCAAAUACUUUAUCCAGUCGAAAUCUGACCAUUUUCAAACAACUGAUCGACGAUGCCGGCCUAGAGGAUGAGUUUGACAGCAUGUCGAACAAAACCUUCUUUAUCCCUUCCGACAAAGCUUUCGAACAAAGCGAACUAGGCCAAUACUGGAUCCAACAACUGAAGGAGUAUCCAGGAAGCCUUCGAGACAAUGCACGAUUGAAGGAGUUUUUGAAAUAUCACGUCGGUGAACCACUUACCAAAACGUCUGACUUACAAGAAAAUAUGAUCAAAACUGCUACUGGCGAGGAAUUAAGGGUUAAUCUUUAUACUACAAAUCCCGUGUUUAGUAACAUUUUGAACCGUGCCACUGUUAACUGUGCUCGUUUGAUGCACUUUGAUGAUGAAGCUUGUGGUUCUGUAGUACAUGAAAUUGACAAAGUACUUGAAGCACCAAAAUCGAACGUAUACGAUGCUUUGAAAGCGAAUCCUGAUUACAGUAUGUUUGUGACACUGAUUCAUAAAGGUAAUCUCACUGGGCUACUCAGUACCAUUAAUGAAACUACCAUAUUUGUGCCAAAGAACGAUGUAUUUCUGGAGGUGAAAGAGUGGUACGAUGGAAUCCUGCACAAUGACGAGGAAGCAGACAAUGUAAUACGCUCGCAUAUUGUGCCUAGUGUUAUUUGCUGCGCAGGAAUUGUUCAGUCCGAUUGGCCCUUCAUUCGCACUACAGAAACAAUUAACCAACAGCGCUUGAAGCUGAACCGCAACCGUCGUCCUCAGGUACAAAAUGCUGGUGUAACGAAAUGUGAUAUUGUUGCCAAAAACGGAAUCAUUCAUGAAAUAAAUGAUGUGAUUAGUACAGAAAAGAGGCGCCCGGUCGAGCCUCAAGGCUUCCCUAGUUUUACACGUCCUUUGACAUUCUGGUUCAAAUAAAAAUCCCAGAAAUACUCGUAAUAAGAACUGAUAUUUCUAUAUACGAAACUGCUAUUUAAUUGACUAAAUUAAAAUAAACGCUGCUUGUUAUUUAAUUGAAACAGUUCGAACAGGCGACUAAUUGGAGCGAAAACAAUUUAUUUAUAUUCAUUAAAAUACAGUCACUACCAGA